UGAACGGUAGUUCAACGGAUUCCAAAAGCACUAUAAAUAAUGUCGGAAGCCCACACAGAAGCACCACCAUCGGUGCGUUUAACAAACGAUGAUUUUCGUAAACUUUUGGCCACACCGCGGGCCCCUCCAGGUGGCAGUUCAGGAGCAGCAAGUUCUGCUGCCACACCAGCCACAUUUGCCACCCCCGGAACGCCAGCUUCCUCGGCUGAGAAAAAGAAAAGCCAUGGAAGCUCCAGCGAACGUGGUGACCUGAGACGUAAAAAGAAAAACUAUUAUGCCGCUCUCAAGAAACAGGAGGAUAACAAAUUACAAGAACUCUCCGAAAAAUACAGAGAUCGUGCACGCGAAAGAAGAGAUGGUGCCAAUCCGGAUUAUCAAAAUGUUGGGACGCCUGGUCACAACAGCACCACAAAUGCCUAUAGGGCUGUGGCCCCCGAUAUGAAAUCUGGCAUAGAUGCUGCCGAAAGAAGGCGGCGAAUUAUUCAAGAAUCCAAAUUCUUGGGUGGUGAUAUGGAACAUACCCAUUUGGUCAAGGGUCUCGAUUAUGCUUUGCUGCAAAAGGUGAGAUCUGAAUUACAGGUCAAAGAACAAGAGGAGAGAGAACGGGAAUUGGCAGCCGCGGCCACAGAGAAAAUGGAAGCUGCUGCAGCAGCUGAGCGCCUGGAGGCAGAACGACGGGAAAUGGAAGAUAACAUGAACAUCAAGGGACCCAUGGCACGUAAUAUAUUCAAUUUGAUACAGGCACGGAGGUCCAAAGAAAUUCAACGUUGUGAACUUUUUGCACCGGGCAGAAUGGCCUAUGUCAUCGAUCUGGAAGAUGAUGAAAAUGCCGAGACAGAUAUUCCCACUACAUUGAUAAGAUCGAAAUAUGAGGUUCCCCUAAAUCGUGAAGAUGCAGCCACACUCACAACCAAUGACAUUGUCAUUAAUAAGCUUUCACAAAUUCUCUCAUAUUUGAGGGCAGGAGGACGCAAUAAGAAAAACAAAAAACGUGACAAAGAUAAACCUUUGUUCCAUGAAAGGGAUAUACACGAAUUGAAUGCCUCUUCAAAGGCUUUAAAUAAGUCACAGCCGGUUGGAGAUUCAAUAUACGAUGACAUUGGAGAUUAUCAGCCAACCUUGAAGGCAGACAAUAAAACCAAAACAAAUGACAAGUUCCUGGCCCCCUCUGGAUCGAAUGCAUCGACAACUGCAAAACCUCCAACCUAUUUCAAUGAUACCAACAAAGCAGCCGAAGAACCGGAACCGAUUAUCACCAUACCAGCACCGCCCAAAAUCAAUAAAGCCGCUGUGGCUCGUUUUGCCAAUGAACCGGAAGGUUAUGCUGAAUGUUAUCCGGGAUUGGAAGAAAUGAACGAUGCCAUCGAUGAUUCGGAUGAUGAAGUGGAUUACACCAAAAUGGAUUUGGGUAAUAAAAAAGGACCCAUUGGUCGUUGGGAUUUCGAUACACAGGAAGAGUACUCAGAUUAUAUGAGUACCAAAGAAGCUUUGCCCAAGGCCGCCUUCCAGUAUGGUGUGAAAAUGCAAGAUGGACGCAAGACACGAAAAAAUAAAACAGAGAAAAGUGAAAAAGCCGAACUGGACAGGGAAUGGCAAAAGAUUCAGGGUAUUAUACAAAAACGCAAGGCGAAAUCUUCGUCAGAUGAACCUGAUUAUAAACAAACUAAAUAUUAAUACGAAAGUGGAAUUUUACUUAUCUUACAAUGAUGUACAACUUGAAAUGGUUAUUUUCAAAAAUAAAUGGAAUUAUAAGCGAAUAUGUAGUAGUAAAAGAGAAUAGAAAA